AUGGUUUCCUCUGAAACUCGAAUCAAACUGUUCCAUCAAGCCAUUUGUUUCUUCCUUUUAGCAAUCUUGCUUCAUCCCACAACCUCAAGUGAUCUGUUCCGCGUCCGUCUAAAGAAGAGACAGCUCGAGAUUGAUGACUUUAGAGCAAGCAGAGUGAUCAGGAAGCUGAAACAUUCACAAAGUCUCACAAAUGACCAAUUUUUUCCUACUCUAGGAAGUGAUUCCAAUGAAGAAAAUGUGGUGAUUCUAAAGAACUACUUAGGAGUAAUCGGCAUCGGAACACCUCCACAAGAAUUCGAAGUUAUAUUCGAUACCGGAAGUUCCAAUUUCUGGGUUCCAUCUAUACAUUGCCAAUUCUUUGACAUAGCUUGUUGGGUCCAUCACAAGUACAAAUCUACCAAAUCCAAAACAUACACAAAGAACGGAAGGCCAAGUACUAUAACUUAUGGUUCGGGUUCGAUAUCGGGCUUCUUUAGUGAAGACAAUGUGAAAGUUGGUGAUCUUGUAGUUAAAGACCAGGAAUUCAUCGAAGCUACACGUGAAAAGAGUCUCUCUUUUCUCCUAGCAAAGUUUGAUGGAGUACUAGGCUUAGGGUUUCAAGAGAUUUCAGUCGGAAAUGCCGUCCCACUUUGGUACAACAUGGUGAAUCAAGGGCUAGUGAAGGAGAAAGUUUUCUCAUUCUGGCUCAACCGUGAUACGAAAGGCGAAACAGGAGGUGAGAUUGUGUUUGGCGGUGUUGAUCCCGCGCACUUCAGAGGCAACCACACAUAUGUUUCUGUCACAAGAAAAGGCUACUGGCAGUUUAACAUGGGAGAUAUACUUAUUGGAAACAGCUCAACUGGUUUUUGUGAGCAAGGUUGUGCUGCAAUCAUGGACUCAGGAACUUCACUACUUGCUGGACCAACUACGGUAAUCACGCAAAUCAACCACGCAAUUGGCGCUAAGGGCGUAGUUAGCGUGGAGUGCAAGCAAGUUGUUUCUCAAUACGGAGAGGUGAUUUGGGAUCUGUUAGUCUCAAAGGUACUGCCUAGUCUAGUGUGUAAAGAAAUCGGUCUUUGUGUUUUCAGAACAGAGACGGGAAUGGAAACAGUGGUUGAGCAAGAAAGAUCAUCAAGAGGUCUAUGUAAAAUCUGUGAGAUGGCUGUUGUUUGGAUUGAAACACAGCUGAAACAGAAACAAUCUAAAGAGAAAGUUUUUGAAUACUUGAAUCAGCUUUGUGAGAGCUUUCCCAGUCCUGCCGGAGAAUCAGUCAUUGAGUGCAAUAACAUUAAAAUCAUGCCAAAUGUUACAUUCACAAUUGGAGGCAACCCUUUUUCUCUCACCCCUCAACAGUACAUUCUUAAAACUGGAGUAGGUUAUGCUAAGAUGUGCAUAAGUGGGUUUUCAGCUUAUGAUUUGCCUCCACCAAGUGGUCCACUUUGGAUCAUUGGAGAUGUCUUUAUGGGAGCAUACCACACGGUUUUCGAUUCAGGCAAUCUUCGAAUCGGAAUCGCAGAAGCUUCGUAG